AUGGCAGACACCACCGGCAAGUCCAAGAAGCGCCGCCGCGCGGACGACGGCGCUCCGGAGCUUCCCUUCAAGAAGAAUCUCAAACCGGACUCCGCCAUCCUCGAAACCCUAAAAUCUCUCCAGAAAUCCACAAUCGCCGCCGCCUCCAGCUCCUCCUCCAAGCCCAAAUCCCUCUCCGAGCUCGCCCUCACCGCCGCCUGCCGCGAGGUCACCGACCAGUCCCCCGACUCCGUCCAGUCCAACAUCGAGGGCGUAAUCCUCUCCCUCGCCCGCUCCAUCAUCGCCGGGAACGGCUUCUCGUUCAACGUCCCCUCACGCGCCGCCACCAACCAGCUCUACGUCCCGGAGCUCGACCGAAUCGUGCUCAAAGACAAAAACACCCUCCGCCCCUUCGCCAACAAUUCCUCCGUCCGCAAGGCCACCAUCACCACCAAAAUCCUGUCGCUGAUCCACCAGCUCUGCCUCAAGAACAUCCACGUCACCAAGCGCGAUCUCUUCUACACCGACGUCAAGCUCUUCCAGGACCAGACCCAAUCCGACGCUGUGCUCGACGACGUCUCUUGCGUGCUCGGCUGCACCAGAUCUUCUCUCAACGUCGUCGCCGCCGAGAAAGGCGUGGUCGUCGGGAGAUUGGUUUUCAGCGACGACGGCGACAUGAUCGAUUGCACGAAAAUGGGGAUCGGCGGGAAAGCCAUCCCUCCCAACAUUGACAGGGUGGGGGAUAUGCAGAGCGACGCGCUGUUCAUACUGUUGGUGGAGAAAGACGCUGCUUACAUGAGAUUGGCAGAGGACCGAUUCUACAAUCGGUUCCCUUGCAUUAUUGUGACGGCGAAGGGACAGCCGGAUGUGGCGACCAGGCUGUUUCUUAGGAAGAUGAAAAUGGAGCUCAAGCUUCCUGUUCUCGCGCUUGUGGAUAGCGAUCCUUACGGACUGAAGAUUCUUUCCGUUUACGGAUGUGGAUCAAAGAAUAUGUCGUAUGAUAGUGCAAAUUUGACUACACCUGAUAUCAAGUGGCUAGGGGUUCGGCCUAGUGAUCUUGAUAAGUAUAAGAUACCGGAGCAAUGUCGGCUGCCGAUGACGGAGCAGGAUAUUAAGACAGGGAAGGACUUGUUGGAGGAGGAUUUCGUUAAGAAAAAUCCAGCGUGGGUGGAGGAGCUGACUUUGAUGGUGAAGACUAAGCAGAAGGCUGAGAUUCAGGCGUUGAGCUCUUUCGGGUUUCAGUAUUUGUCUGAGGUUUACCUGCCAUUGAAGCUACAGCAGCAAGAUUGGAUUUGA